AUGGAAUACAGCGUACAGUUAACGUUCCGUGAAAGUUGGGUUGAUGGACGACUGGCAUUCGGUUAUCCACGAGAUAACGCUCCAGAAUUCGUAAUCCUUACCGCGGGACAACAAAUUUGGAUGCCGGAUUCAUUCUUCCAGAACGAGAAACAAGCUCAGCGGCAUAUGAUUGAUAAGCCGAAUGUUCUCAUUCGUGUACAUAAAGAUGGUACCAUCCUUUACAGUGUUCGAAUAUCACUUGUAUUGUCGUGCCCCAUGCAUCUACAGGUUUUUCUUUCUUAG